GGGCCCGCCCGGUGCGGGAGCGGCGCCGCCGGCAGCCCGGGAGCGGCCUCGUCCCGCCGUGCGGGGCCCGGGCAGCACGGGCGGCCGCUCCGCCCUUCCCGGAACGAGCGGCGGAACGCGGCGUCUUCCCGCGCCCCCUGCGCGCCCCGCGCUCCCACGGGCUCAGCCCAUUGGCUGGGCCGGGCCCGCCCCCCCCGCCCGGAGCCCAUCGCGGCCCGCAGCCGGGGCCCGGCCCGCGACUGACAGCGCUGGCGGCGAAUCGCGGGCGCGCGGUGGCGCCGCCGCUCGGCCGGGAGCCGCGGGGCGUGAGAGCGGCCUCCGGGCGCGGUAUCUCCUUGGAGGAACAGAACUUUGCUGCCUGGAUGGAAAUAUUGGCUCAUCUACACUUCUGCCUACAGUGUCUGCCCUAUCUCAGUGUAGCCUGGGGGGGGAAGAAAAGCAGCAGACAGGCUACAGCAAUUUUAUUCAGUCCUUCCCUGAACUGAUUGUUACUUGUCCAAGAAAAGAGGAUGGAUGGGAAGAAGUGGUACCGAGCUACAGAUAAGGCAGUUCCAGCAGGGUCCAAGUCUCUUCUUUAAAUAGAAGUUCCAGCAUCAGAGGGGCUGAAAGGCAGACACUCCAAUCAACCAAAAUGGAAGGAGGCAACAGUCCAAAUCUGCAACUUCAGCAGCUCCCGUUGGCCACAACAGCAGUUUCUGUGCAGCCACACACCGACUCCUUUUCUUACAAGGAGAACUUGAUAGGUGCAUUACUAGCUAUUUUUGGGCAUCUUGUUAGCAGCAUUGCGCUUAAUCUCCAGAAGUACAGCCACAUCCGCCUGGCAGGUUCCAAAGACCCACGAGCCUACUUCAGAACCAAGACGUGGUGGUGUGGGCUGUUCCUGCUGGUGCUGGGAGAACUGGGAGUGUUCUCUUCUUAUGCCUUUGCUCCUCUUUCACUCAUUGUGCCACUCAGUGCAGUGUCUGUUAUAGCUAGUGCAAUCAUAGGAAUUAUAUUUAUUAAAGAAAAAUGGAAGCCCAAGGAUUUUUUGAGACGCUAUGUUUUGUCCUUUGUAGGCUGUGGUUUGGCAAUUGUUGGAACUUAUCUACUGAUAACAUUUGGACCUAAUAGUCAUGAGAAGAUGACAGCAGAAAAUAUCACUAGGCAUUUAGUGAGCUGGCCAUUUCUGUUGUAUAUGCUUGUGGAGAUCAUUAUAUUCUGCCUGCUACUAUAUUUUUACAAGGAGAAGAAUGCAAACUACAUUGUAAUUAUUCUUCUGCUGGUGGCUUUGCUGGGUUCCAUGACUGUUGUGACAGUGAAGGCUGUGGCAGGCAUGAUUGUUGUCUCCAUCCAAGGAAACCUACAACUUGACUACCCCAUCUUUUACAUCAUGUUGGUGUGCAUGAUUGCUACGGCCAUCUUCCAAGCAACAUUUUUAGCUCAAGCCUCACAGCUGUAUGACUCCUCUCAGAUUGCCAGCAUUGGCUAUAUCCUGUCCACCACCACAGCAAUCACAGCAGGAGCAACUUUUUACUUGGACUUCAUGGGUGAAGAUGUGCUCCACAUCUGUAUGUUUGCACUUGGGUGCCUCAUAGCAUUUCUAGGUGUCUUCCUGAUCACAAGAAACAGGAAGAAGUCGGUACCAUUUGAACCUUACAUAUCCAUGGAUGCUAUGCCAGGCAUGCAGAACAUGCAUGACAAAGGCAUUGCAGUUCAGCCUGACCUCAAAGCCUCUUUCUCCUACGGUGCCCUAGAGAACAAUGACAUGCCAGAAAUCUACACUCCAGCAACGCUGCCCAUCGUGCAGGAGCAACACGGCUCCAAAGGAGUUUCUGCUCCACCCUACCGAGUGCUGGAGCACAGCAAAAGGGAGUGAGUGACCUUUAAGGAACUGCUCUGGAUCGUCAGAAGCUGAUUAGUGAAAUAACCAGCUCCCUCUGGCUGUGAAGCUGAAAGCAUUUGUCUCUGUGAGGAGGAGGUCUCAGUUCUCCACUGAAGCUGUCUGGAAGCGUGGAACAGCAAGUGCUGUCUCACGGCCCUGUGGAACCCAGCAGACAGCAGCUGCUGUGAAAACACAGAGCUGGGGCAAGAGAGGUGACACUGCAAUUUUUAGUCCUGCUGACAGUGGGUUUAUGUCACUAGAAAUGCUCAGGAGUUGCCCACAGAGAGAGGAGGGCAGCUUUAACCUUUCCUUUAUAGAAACCAUGAUGGAGUAGCUGUAACUCAUGUCUGGUGUGAGCACCAAGCCACUUCACCAUGGCAAUAACCUGUACCUGUUUCUGGCAUGAACACUGAAACUUCCCGUGUCUCUAGACCAGCCUGUCUGGUUAGAGUAAGCAAGCAGCCUUCCUCCUCCCCUGUGUCAGUCUCAGGCACUUCCUGCACAACUGUUCUCUGACUCCUGUUGAACAUCUGCACUGACAAGUGAGCUGGAUUUGUAGCACCACUGGGUUACACAGCAUCUCAGAACAAAGAUUAUUUGCCACUGUUCUCUUUUCAAGUGGAUUAAAUGGUGCAGAGGGAACACUGUGAAGUACAAGAACAAGAAAAAAAUGAGAACAGUGUGUGGUGGGAGAUUUUUGUUGUCCUUGAUGAGGUCCUAGUUCUCUGUCACUCACUUUCUUUCUGGUUCCAGCUUUGUUUAGUGAUCUUAAAUGCUUCAUGGUAUUGACAUUCCUGAGUUAGAAAGGUCAGCCUAGGUGUUGUAAGCUGGAGUGUGUCCCUCCCCUCUCUAUUUUAGUACUGUGAGUGACCUAAGAAGAGAACAGCAGUGUGCACAGGCCAGGGCUGCAAGAAUAAUGGAGUAUUGUGUACUCAUGAUAUUUAUCUUUCCAGCUUCAAGAGAUGGCUGGAAGCUGAUAGGAAGAGAGAAUAGACACAAGGGGAGAGAACUUGUCAAGUGAAAGGAACAAAGUACAACAAUUACUGGCAUAGGCAAGUUAUCCUGGCACUUUGAUAUCACCAUCCCAGCAAACAACAGCUUUCAGAUAAGAUGAUGAUAUAAAGCUGUUUGCUGGGAAGCAGAAAUUUAAGCCUAGUUGGUGUGUCUCAGCCCAUACACACAGGGAGUGUCUCCGGGACCUCAGAAGAGUUUAUGUGAAUAGUGCUUGUGUUCCACUGGUUUUUAAGUGGUUGCUCUGAUACCCAGGGGGGUUGACAGCAUCUUGGGCCUGCAACAGUGGCUUUCUGCCUUUUCAUUAUGUUUUUUUUAAUUGAUUCAUGGCCAGUUUUUGUUCCUGCAGCCAAAAAUUCCCAAGAACGCCACUCACUUGUACAUAGUUAUUCCAGAUUCCUGCUUCAGUAGCUGACAGCAGAUCUGUUCUUUUGCAUAUGUUUGCCUUGCCAGCCAAGAUCCUAAUUUAAUCUGGAAAUACCUGAGAUUGUUUUGGUAUUUUUGUGCAGUUUAGAAAAAUUAUAACCUCCCCUGACCCCCUGCAAAGGGGAGCUGCCUCCUGGCUCUACUUGUACCUAUACCUGAAGUUUCUUCACCAACUUGGCACACAACUCAGAUCUUAUCAGCAGCAUCAGUACCUGCAGCUUAUGAAACCUCAGAAAUAACAGAGGGUUUCUUUUACCCUCAGUACUUUCUGUGUUUAAGUAAGAUAACAGUGUUAAUGGGCUAACACUGCCAGCACAUUCAUCUUGCUGGAGUAGACUGACACUGAUUUACUGCCUUUGGCUUUGUAUCCCCAGUAAUCAAUUGUUUGUGAAUGUAUGUGCUGCUUUUGUUCAUUAACAACACAAAACAAAGUAGUGCAGGGGAGGCUGAAUGGGAAGGGCAGGAGAAUGCUGGCUUUUCUUAUCUCUUCCCUUUUCAUCAAUGAGGCAGUAGCUGCUUUGUUAGGUUUAGGUUUCCAAACAUGAAGCAUUUCUCAGCAUCAAAAGCUAAAACAGCACAAAACUCAACCAACUGCUGCCUCUUACUAAACUGGUAGAGUAGCUCCUUGACUCUGUCUCCUGGCUUCUGUAUGGAAUGUGAACUGACAUCUGUUGCCUCCACACUCUGUGGCUUUCGGGUGCACCACAGCACUUAACACAUUCUCAGUGUCUGUCCCAGUAACUCGAUGAUGUGGAAUACAGCACCUGUGUUGGCUGAAUGUACAAAAUGAUCUGCCUACAAUGUUCUCUUGUUCACCUUAAAAUGUGUAAAAAAAUCAAGCUUUACAGUGUUGGUCUCUGAGGAAAACUGCUUAAUUUUUCAUAAGCAAUGUUGCAUGUCUAUUUAAUUCUCUUUGUC